AUGUAUCAUAGAGAAUUGACUAAAGAAAUUCCAGUAGAACUUCUACGUGGUUCAGGAGUUGAUAUUAACAUCCUUAGUAUAGACGCCAUUCAUUAUAUGAAUAAAGUGGUGCUACAAAUUAGACUUAACGGAGAAAUGGACGCGACUGCGGAGGUUAAGCCUAAAGGCAUAGAAUUCUCACCAUCGUUUAACUCCGCUGAACCAGAAAGUUUCGAAGAAGAGGACGAUGAUGGAUUAUUUUACGUCAAUGACGAAUUAUCUAAGUACAAUGUAGCAAUACGGGUUGGGAACUCUAAUGAUAUGAAAUUGCCAAUUGUUCUCAUGCAAAUAGCGAAAUUAUACGAUAAAGUCAUAACCCCUAGUAAUGUUGACAGACUAAAUGCAACGGGUACAGGCCGCUCCACGGUAAUUACACUAACCACGAAGUUUUGGAAUAGCGAGAAUUCACAAGGGCAGAGUGAUUUCCACAAGCUCGCGUUCCUGCUGAAUGCUAUUAAAGAGAUGUAUGGGUUAUAA